AAACUAUACUGGUGCUGUUAAUCCAUCAGAAAGAUUUACAACACAAGACAUGAUGACGUAUGAAGAAGCGCACAAAUCUGCCAUUCCUGCUGCUUAUGUCGCUUUUCAGUUUGGAGGAAAUGAUUUUGAUAAAUAUCGGGAAUUUGUUGUUGGAGAUGGAGCGGAAUCCAGCGGUAAAGAAAGGAGUAAGAGAAGUAGUGGUGAUCAGUUUUAUUACAACAAACCACUGCAGCCGAAUACAAACUACAAAAUGUUCCUCAGGGCUUUUGACUCCGAGGUAUUUUAACAAAACUUUUAAUAUUAAUGAAGGAUGUUCUAUUCAUUGAUUGUAAGAACUGAGCGACAAAACUGACCCAUCCAGUUACUCUGAAUCUGCACUCAGAUGUCUCAGGAACUUUUCCCUCCUGAACUAUCAUGUUGCCAUUGCUCACAAGUUCUUUGGUCUUGGUGAAUGCAGUGCUAAAACAGCAGCUUUUAUCAGGCUUGUAAUGCUCCUGAGGUCUGAGUCACUAUGCCAUACCCAAACGCAGCAAAAGGUUGCACAUGAAUAAUUAGUUUUUUGCGGUUGUAUUUUGCAGACGGUUUAUGUCUCUAGUAACUUUAUAGACAUCGACACCAAAGGUAUUGUUGUUUUGUCUUUUUUUAUAAUUUCCCUUUGUCAGAGGCAUCUAACAUUCAGCAACGAAAUUUAACUCAAUGUAGUCUGAUCCUUGAGUUUCUUUUUAUUGAUAUAAGACUUUCAUGCUGUGUUGGUUGUCUUUCAGAGUUUGUAAGUUACUUAUCAACUGAGGGGCUUUUAAAUUAUUUUUCAGUUGGGAAGGGAUAGGCUGCAAAGCCUUAAUGCUGUAUUUGUGCCUUGCUCUUUGUUAAGGAAAAACUACUCCAUGUUUAUAAAAACUCAGGUAAACCUAUCAUCAAAGGUCUCCCAAAGACGACCAUUACAGCAAUUGGCGAACUGGCAGUGUUGACUUGUGAGGUUAGUGGAGACCCUCAGGCUUCUGUUACCUGGACUAAAGAUGGACUUAGCAGUAUACCUCGCGCUCAGUUCGAGAACAACGAGAAAAUACUUAUUAUAAGAGAUGUUGUUCCUGAUGACAGUGGCGUUUAUGAAUGUAAAGCAAUGAACAUGUUUGGAAAGAGCCGUACAGCUACGAUUUUCAUUGUCGCUGGUACGUAGAAAGUUUGUUAUGUUUGCAUUGAAUAUUGGGUAACAAUUACAUUUUCAUUUUCUUUUGUGAAACAAGUCUGUGAGGAAGUAAGUGAGGAAGAGAAAUUGCCAACCUCUGCCAAAAUAAAUGACCAAUCAUGGUUCUUCUAAGCACUAUGAUAAUCACCAUGACAACUUACUCCAACCACUUAUUAACAAGUCAUUCGCGAAUUAGUGUGUAUACUGGGUAUUAAACAAAUAUUAGAAAUUUGUAAUUGAAGGGUGAAAAAAUAGUACAAUACUGAUAUCAACUAAACAAACCACCACUCAGUGUGCAAACCAAAAAAAUAGAUCAUAGUGGUGUUCCCUUAUAUUUGUUAUACCUCUGCUCCGUUGUCAAGAGCAUAAUUUUGUCUGAACUUGUUUUGGUAUCAUUACGUUUUCCCUUUUUUUCACACAGUGCCACCCAGAAUUAUUGAAGAAUUUUCCCCUUCCUCAGUGAUAUGUGAAAAGCAAAGUCCGUGUUUUCUCACUUGUCAAGCAACAAGUUAUAUUCCGUUUAACUACUCUUGGACGAAAGAUGGCCAGGUUCCAACUGGUGAUGGCAUCAAGUUGAUGAAUAACAGUAUCAUUGUCACGCCACGGGAUGGAAAAGAUUAUGGGGAGUAUGUUUGUCACGCUACAAACAGCUUUGGGUCAACAGAGUACAAAAUCACUCUACUUUCUCCAAGGGAUAAUCAAGAUGAUGACGGUAAAUAUUCUUCCUCAAUAUUUGAACGUGCUUAAAUGUUGUCGUCUCAAAAAUUUUGGAAAGCCUAGAACUUUGAAGUCUAGUGCGGAGUUUAUGGACUUUUAGUUACAGUUGUUUGGUAUAACCAUUUAUGUAUCAAAAGCAAUGUUAUGUGGUGGUUUCAUAUGCCGACGUUGUUCUGUGUGAAGUUACAUUUUCUCUCUUCAGUUAGAAUGUUAUAAGAGUGUGCAAUGUAGGUAGAUCAUUCCAUAUACCAUAAUUGGCCCGUUAGGUUGUAACAUAAUCAAAACAAAGCUUUACACACUAAUUUUAAGGGGGCUCGAAGCUAAAAUAUGCCUGUAUUUCUCCUUUUAGUCGUCCUGCUUGUUCGAAAUUACUGAAGGUCAUGUAUGUGACUUCGAGUCAAUAGGCAUAAGAAAUUUCUGGCAUUUAAUGAAGUACGACCAAGAGACGAGACAACAGAAAGUUUGGAAGAGUGUUCAUGUUUCGGGGUUAAAAAACAACGUCGUAUUCCUUAGGGUGAAUAUAGUUGACAAAAAAAAGACAUAAUUACAGUGAAACAAAGUAACUAAGAAGUCUUUGGUGUUUGAUAGUUGGUUUGAAAGUCGUUUGUUUUCUUUCACCAGAUACACAAAGCACCUUCCUUGCUAGUGUAAUCGCAUUUUCUUGUAUUGUGGUCGUGUUGCUCAUUAUAAUUUGUGGGCUGAUAUGGCAGCGGAGACGAGUUGUUCCUGAUAGGAGGACACGAAGUAAAGAAAAAGUUGACUUUGAUGGCGUCAAAUCUUCACCUGAUCAACAGCGACGUGACCAGCACGCUUCAGACCCGGAUUUAUAUAUGGAACUCAAACCCAGGCCUUCGAACCAGGAGUCUCAUGUUCCUACUGAGUAUCAGUCGUUACAGGAAAACCCCGAGAACCCCGAAUAUUACACUAUGGUGCUUCAGAAAGAAAAUGGCGGGAAACAAAAUGAAGUAGUGUAUGAGGAAUUAUGCUAAUCACUCAACUAAUUUUGUAUCCUUUUGGUUCGGAUUGUCCAUCUUGUGUUAGAUACUCUGCUUAGUUAUAAUUAUGCACAUGUUAAUUUGUUCUGUAUCGAUCUAAUGGAAGACAGAUGCGUAGAUGACGUCAUCUUAAGCAACAUCUUGCUUCUUCACUAUAAAAACAAAGAGAUUCCAUGUUGCCGUGAGUCUGUUACUUAAUAAGUCACAGAAGACGUCAAAAUGUGCUACGAGGAUCAGUGCCAGACCCGACUGCGCUUCGUGUUCCACUCUUUAGUUCUCACCGCAUUUUGACGUCAUCUGUGAUCCAUAACAGAACAGACACGCCUACAUGGAAUCUAAUUGUUAAUUAGAAACGGUGCUUCGGUUUGUAAAAGACUUUGUUCUUGUCUCGCUUAAAGAAGCACUUAGUAAUUUGGCAAUGAAAUGCAUACGUUUGACGUUUUCUCCUCGUUAUCGUCAUGAUCACUCUUACUAUCGCAGUGUCGCAUAGAGUGCGGUUAUCUGAUAUAGCUGUAAGGAAAAUAUACGAGAUACACUGAUAACACUAGCUUACCCAAUAGAUCCUGUUUGCGAAUGUAUUCUGUUUACUACAAGAACUUUGUUAGUUUGUGAUCAAGGCAGUUUUAAGUAAGGCCUUAAAGACUUCUUCAACGUGCAGUAACCUUUGAUUUGGUCCAUUUGAAAUUAAUUUCCUAUAUCUGUCUUAUAUUUUACAUGUAUCUGUAUAAUUGUAUCUUUUACUAUUGAUGCAUGUGAAAUGCCAUAAGACGGAAUCGUGCAUAGCCAGAUCUUAAAAUUUAGUUAUAACCUCGAAUAAGAAUUAAAUGAAAUUCAUAACUUUGGACGAGGUCCCAAACUAAACGAAACCUCUGACAAGACGAUGGCACAUGUACAUAAACUCACUUUUCUUAAUGAAUCCCUGAUAUUAAGUGCGAUUUAAUCUACAACAUCUUACAUCGUAAGCAGCUCGAGAAUUAGAAUUCAACUUAAAGUGUGCUCUGAACCAGCAGUAAAAAUGAAAGAAUUAAUUACGCCAUUUUUUUUAGAGUCAUUAGAUGCAAAUAUAGAAAACAAAGCGUGACAAUGUCACAUUUUUUUUACCAGUACUGAAAGUCGUUCCUUAUAUUUUACCUCUUGAGGAGGGUUCUCUUUUCUGAGUCAUUUAUUAGACAUAAGGAACGUUUUCAUUAUAUUUUUGAGUAAAUUCUUCUCAAUUGAAAAGACAAUGUAUUGCAAUUGAAAAAUGUUAAGCAACAGAGUAUUGUUGAUAGGUGGUUGUAGAUAAGAGAAUGGAAGAGAG